AAAUUAUAUUUUUCAUCAGGAAUUUGUUUUUAGAUAGCCGGAUGAUCAGUCCUACCGCAGAGGAAUAUCAGAUCAGGAACAGUUAAAUCAAAAUCUAGCCUAAUAGGUUCAAUACAUACCAGGACAAAAUGGCAACUGCAGAAGGGGAGCAUGGUUCUGAUUUUGAAGAGACGAUGUUCUGUGAACCUUGUAAUAAGGAAGGUAACACUGUUGAAGCAGAUGGGUUUUGUUCCGAUUGCUCUGAUUACCUAUGUAGUACAUGUCUGAAGUAUCACAAAAGAUUAGCAAAAGAUCACACACUGUUCGAUAAAUCUAGCAUGCCACAGGACUUCUGUUUAGAACGAUGUGUAUUCCAUCCAAAUGACCUGGUAAAAUUCUACUGUACGAAAUGCGACAACACUGCAUGUCCUCAAUGUAUACCAAUUGAACAUCAGACUGAGUGCUCCGAAUUUAAGCAUAUCCCCUCAUAUAUGCAGUCACAAGAUGUAUACAGAGAAUUGAAAGAAGUUAAGAAAUCGCUGAAAGCCGUCGAGGAAGAAGCAAGUCGCACUGGAGAUGAGAAUGGUCAAAAAUUGAAAAAAGCAACCCUUAACAGUAGUGAUAUUUCGAAGUCAAUCAGCCUCCAGAAAAAGUACAUUAAGGACAAAAUUGAAGAGCAACGUAUUGAGAUUUUUAAAGCACUAGACGAUGAAAGGGCCGAAGUUAUCAGGAAGCUUGACGACAGGCAAGGCCGAAGAAAGGAGCAAUUAUUUGAACAACAGAAACUUAUAAACAGUAAAAUAGAUGACGAAGCGAAUCAUUUGGAUGAGCAAUUAAUGUUAUACCCGAGAAAAAUACAAAACAUUGCGCUAAACAGUGCAAACAUAAGGUCGAAAUUAGAGUCCCUUACCACUGUUUUAGUAAAUAAGGAGAGACAAGGACGAAAAGCAGAACUUUUCGUUGCAACUAAAAGAACUAAGCACAACAUGAAAACGCUACAAAAAGAUAUAGAUGAUGUGUGUAAAGAGAACAAAGUCAGGUGCUUUACCUUUAGACGAAACACAGAGAACAUCAGUAUAGAUGCUGCGGAAAACGCCACGCUUGGAUCACUUAUCGAAGAAAGCGAACAAGGAGAUAGGGAUACAACCAAUGGUCAGCAAGGAACAUUUAAUUCAGCUAGUUCUACAGACACGCGAAUUUUUGCGCAGAAUAAUAUAGCUGUAGAGGAAGUACAAAGAGAUGUAACAUCUGAGAAGAUCAAAAGACCAGAUGUAUGCGGAAGGGCUGAAGAUCCCGAGUUUGCUAUUCAGCGUGUUGCCACAGCAGUUAAUGCUGCUGGUCAGGCAUAUAUCACAGCCAAGGCAGUGUUCAAAACAUGGCAAGAUAAACUGUUUGUGCUUAUUCUUAAACCUGUUUGUGGUAGAUUUGUGCUUAUUCCUAAACCAGAUUGUGGUAGACUUGUGCUUCUGCCUAAACCCUUCUGUGGUAGAUUUGUGCUUAUUUCUAAACCUGUUUCUGGUAGAUUUGUGCUUCUACCUAAACCAGUUUGUGGUAGUUUUGUGCUUAUUCCUAAACCAGUUUGUGGUAGAUUUGUGUUUAUUCCUAAACCUGUUUGUGGUAGGAUUGUACUUAUUCCUAAACCUGUUUGUGGUAGAUUUGUCUUCUACCUAAACCAGUUUGUGGUAGACUUGUGCUUAUUCUUAAACCUGUUUGUGGUAGAUUUGUGCUUAUUCUUAAAACUGUUUGUGAUAGAUUUGUGCUUAUUCAUAAACCAGAUUGUGGUAGACUUUUCCUUAUUCCUAAACCUGUCUGUGGUAGAUUUGUGCUUCUACCAAAACCAGUCUGUGGUAGAUUUGUGA